AUGGUUAGAGAACUAAGCCUAGCUUCUGACCCUGUGAUACUGCAUAUAUGGUCAUGCUUGCAUAAUUAUGCAUACAGUGAUGCUCUUUUUGCAGCUGAAAGGUUGUACGCUGAAACGCACAACAGUGAAAGUUUAUACAUGCUGGCGACCAGCUUAUAUAAAAUAGGUCGGCCCAGACAAGUCAAUAAAUUGCUCAAUUCUGCUAAGUCCCUACCUCCCAAGAGUCGGUACUUGCUCGCAAGAUGUUACUUCGAUAUUGGGUCACUUACGGAAGCUGAAGAAGCCCUAUUAUUAACCGGUCUUUCUUCAACCUCAUUAGAUGAAAUUAUCAAAGUUUACGAAGAACAAUCCUGCUAUGUACUGCUGUUACUUGGAGACAUAUGCAGACGCCAAGGGAGGAUUAGUGACGCCAUUGCCUACUAUAAGAAAUGCCUCGAAGUAAAUCCUCUAAUGUGGUCUGCUUUUAAAAACUUGUGUAACAUUGGCGAGUAUGUCGAUCCUUCCUCCACUUUCCAAUGUCCGGACGAACUGUGCCUCAAUACGCCUGCGUAUGCUGUUGUACUAGACAAUUUGCACAGUACGCAUUGUGUUAAUGAUAAAGCUGCUCGAGAAAAUGUGAAUCCUCAACUAGCAUCUAACCAAUCGUCGCUAUCCUGUGCUGACUUUGAGGAAAAUUCCCAGGAAUUGUAUCAUGACGCAAAUCAGCUGUGUGAUUUCCAACGCAAUUUUGUUUCCUUCUGUUCUAAAAGCUACGUUGAAGACUUGGCACCUUCAACCAAGUCGGUCGACCUUCAUACUCCAGACGAAUUCGUUCCUCUUGCUUUGUCUCCGAAAGCUCCAAAGGCUGUUACCGUUCGUUCCCGGUCAUCCGGUCGUUGUACGGAAAUGAAGCCUCCCGUUUCGGCUUACUAUCUUUUUUCCCACAAAGUCCUAUGUUCGCUUGCGUUCCCAUAUUUUCAAAGCUUUCUGGAAAUCAAACCGCUUCACAAGAGUCAUUUUUAUCCAGCUCUGUACGAAUAG